AUGGACAUGUCCAUGAAUUUGUCACGUGGUUUAAGAGCGGAGCUGAUCCAACCCUAUAACUUCGAGAUGUCGCGGGACCUAAGGCCCUUUUUGGAGGAGUACUGGGUUAGCUCAUUCCUCAUAGUGGUGGUCUAUCUGUUGCUCAUCAUUGUUGGCCAGAACUACAUGAGAGCACGGAAGGGCUUCAGCCUGCAGGGGCCUCUCAUCCUCUGGUCCUUCUGCCUGGCCAUAUUCAGCAUGCUGGGCACAGUGAGGAUGUGGGAGUACAUGGGAACCGUGCUGUUUACGCUGGGCCUCAAGCAGACCGUGUGCUUCGGCAGCCACACGGAUGCUCUCGUAGUCAAAUUCUGGUCCUGCGUCUUUCUUCUCAGCAAGAUCGUUGAACUUGGAGACACGGCCUUCAUCAUCCUGCGUAAGCGGCCACUCAUCUUUGUGCACUGGUACCACCACAGCACAGUGCUGCUGUUCACGAGCUUUGGAUACAAGAACAAAGUACCUUCAGGUGCCUGGUUCAUGACCAUGAACUUGGGUGUACAUUCCAUCAUGUACACCUACUACACCCUGAAAGCUGCCAAGGUCAAACACCCCAGCAUGCUUCCCAUGGUCAUCACCAGCCUGCAGAUCCUGCAAAUGGUAAUGGGAGCUAUCUUUGGCAUCCUGAAUUACAUCUGGAGGCAGGAAAAAGGAUGCUACACAACAACAGAACACUUCUUCUGGUCCUUUAUGUUAUAUGGGACCUAUUUCAUCCUAUUUGCUCAUUUCUUCCACCAAGCCUACCUCAGGCCCAAGAGCAAAGCUAAGUCCAAGAGCCAAUGAGAGUUGGAAAGAAAGAGGGAGCCUGGGGCUUUCCUCCAUAGCACUAAGGGUUAGGUGUGGGAGAAUGACUAGGGUGCCUUCCCUGUAUGGUUUCCCCCAUGGGACAUGUACCCCAAAGUGGCAGGGAGCUAUGACAACCAAGAAAUGGCACCCUUGGAAUAGGGGUGUGGUCUGGCACGAUGAUGUUUCUAUCUUCAGCGUGAAGGAAAAGCAAGGAAGGGGAUAGGACGGAGGUCCUUAAA